AUGGAGAUCAUUGGGACAACCAUCGCCCUCGGUGACGUUGCUGUCAAGCUCGCAAUGUUUGGGGCAGCCAUCAAGAAUGCUCCGCAAGUGUGUCUCACUAAUCGGGCUAUGCAGCGUACAUUCUGGGAAAUAAAAUCAGAAAGCACUCGUGAGAGACCAGAGAGGCCGAUUAAGCUGUUUUUCUUCGAUGAACGACGAGCAAAACCAAUUAUCAAAAGAAGACGCCGCCGCCGCCCGAGACACGAACAAAGCGAUUGCAAAGAAACAAAGGCUGGUAUGCAGCCACGAGAUAACAGAAACAAUGCGGCAUUUGAAGCCGACGAAGGAUUAGAUAAGAACACCUACAGCACAGCACAGCCUACGCACAUUGACGCAUAUGACCCUUAUGGGACUUAUCAAGCCUUGGAUCUGUAUCCUUGGAUUGAAGGAGGACAAGACAAUCGAUCUAAUGGCUCCAACCCACUUCUGGAAGCACCAACGGAGUAUGCAGAGUCUGUCGAUUCUUCAUCCUCCGAUGAGAUAGAUAGAGAUUCCACUGUCAACAUGGAUAGUAGUCUCCACAAUCAGUCAACACCCUCUUCAGCCAUAGGUUUCCUUCUGAGCUUGGACAUCCUUAUCAAAGCCAAGCCAAUAGUGAAACUCGGUCGCUCAACAGGUUCAAAAUUAGACUCUGGAAAAUCUAGAUUUUGUGUCAAGACCCUUUCAUUGCAGGACGGCCAUUAUAAACCUAAUAAAAUAAGAAAAAAAAUUAAAGAAUAA